AUGAAGACUGCUGCUCUUGCGGGGCUCGGGCUCCUCCAGAUCCUGCCGUCAACGGCCGAAUAUGUCUGGCCCUCCAAAUAUGACUAUCUGGAAGACCUGCUGUAUCUGCAGUCAGGCUACAUCCGCGAGGGCUUCGUCGACGGCGUAAACCCGUGCUCCUUCUCCUCCGCUGGCGAGGGGCGCCAGACGGCCGCCGAAUGGGUCCGUACCGCCUACCACGACAUGUCGACGCACGACGCCGCGGCCGGCACGGGCGGGCUGGACGCGUCCAUCAUGUUCGAAACAGAACGUGACGAGAACGUCGGCGACGCCUUCAACGGCACCUUCGGCUUCACCAACAACUACUACAACAUCCGCGCCUCGGCCGCCGACCUGAUUGCGCUGUCUACCGUCGUCGCCGUGGGUAACUGCGGCGGGCCGAGGAUUCCUUUCCGUGUAGGGCGUGUGGAUGCGACGGAGGCUGGGCCUUUGGGCGUGCCCAAGCCGGAUCAGGACGUCGAUACGCACAAGCAGAUCUUCGCCAAGGCAGGCUUCAACACCAGCGAAAUGAUCACCAUGGUCGCCUGCGGCCACACGCUCGGCGGCGUGCACGGCAAAGACUUCCCCGAAAUCACCGGCAACGACUCCGACACCAACUUCGUGCACUUCGAAUCCGGCGACUCCUUCCACAGCUUCGACAACGCCGUCGUCACCGAGUACCUCGACGGCGGCGUGACGUCCAACCUCCUCGUGUCCGGCACCAACACGACGAUGAACAGCGACGCCCGCGUCUUCGCCGCCGACGGCACCAACGCGACUAUGCGCGCCCUCGCCGACCCGGAUGCGUUUCAGGCCCAGUGCGCUGAUAUACUGGCGCGCAUGAUCGACACGGUCCCCAAGGGCGUGACGCUGUCGGAGCCGCUGGAUGCCGUCAAGAUCAAGCCGUAUAUCUCGUCGUUCGCGCUGACCAACGCGACGCACGUCACGCUGACCGGCCGCAUCCGCGUCCUCGCCGAUCAGGACAGCUACGCGGAUCAGGUCGUGCACCUGACUUACACCCCCCGUAACAGCGGCGGAAACUCGUCCCUCAACACCACCAUCCCCACCACCCGCGCGACCUUCAAGCUCGGCACGUCGACCGGCCUCUUCGGCGAGACCUUCGCGUGGCACGAGUUCAGCGCCGCGCUGCCGGCGGAGACGUCGAUUAGCGGGUUCAACGUGACCGUCGUGCGGGCCAGCACCGGCGCGGCGGAGACGUUUGAUAAUGCCGGGACCGGGGGGUACAAGGUGGAUGACGCGCUGCUGUACUUGGAUGGCGAGAGCUGCACGAGUGUGCCGGCGGGGCAGGACGCGAGCAGUUUUGAGAGGGAUUACACGAUUAAGGCGGCGGUUAGGAAGGACGUGGCUGCUGCGGCGGGGGGCAAGGUGGCGGUUGAGGUGGUGAAGAAGGUUGCGCGGCAGGGGGUUGCGGUGGCGAAGUUGGAGGUGGAGAGGUGGGAGGAGGUGGAGGGGGCGGAGAGGGUGGAGAGGGGGGAGUGGGUGGUUGUUGAGGUUAAGGGGCGGUUGGAGGGGGAUAGCUUGAGCACGACGUUUGAUGUUGUUGUUGGUGAGGGGGAGAGCGAGAAGAGAGUCGAGUUUCAGAAGACGGGAGGGCUGUUGGAGCAGGAGUGUAAGGCUUGA